AGACAAGACAAGACCAAGCCCAACGACCGCAAGCAACACAGCUUAAAGAGUAUCCUCACCUUCUCCCGUGAUCCGCAUCCUCUCCUUUCCCUAUAACCCGAGAGGCUGCCCUCUACGAAAUGUCACGUGUGUCCAUGGAAAGUCAGGGCUCGGCAGAGUACCGGCCACCGUUCUCGGGCAACAGCUCGCCCAUCGAUUCCUGUGCCAGGAGGAGCGGUGAAGCGACGCCCGAGGCCGACCAACGCCUUCGCGAGGAGUGCGUGAACCUGGCGCCGGACUUCGCACGGAGCAGCCUGCAGCUGGCGCUGGAGUUGCACGAGGUGAUCCGGGAGUCCGGGGGAUCGCGCAACGUGCUCUUCUCUCCUUUCCUGCUGUCGAGCGCACUGGUGGGGCUGUACAACGGCGCCCGGGGCCGCACCGCCGACCAGAUCGCGCGGGCCGCGCACCUGGGAUACGAGGAGCCCCGUCAGGUGUCCACCUGCCUGCCCCUCUGGCACGCGCGGCUGUUCCCCACGUGGCCGGACAGCAACAGGCGCCACUUCGAGAUGCGCCACGACAACUGCCUCGUCUACGACAAGGGGCUCCGGCUCGCCGAUGGGUACAAGAGAUGGCUGAGCCGCUGGUGCCGCGUGGAGGCUGAGGAUUUCGCCCACGACCCGACAGAGGGCGUGGUGUUCCCCACGCGCAUGACGGCCUGGAUCGGAGCUCUCACUUCGUUCUCCUGCAAGACACCAGAGGACGCCUCCUUCUGGACAGAGGUGGACCACACGACGUCGCUGUUUCUGCUCAGCAUCCUCUUCAUCAAAGGAAAGUGGCGCCACGUGUUCAACGUCACUCGUGGGUUCUUCCACGAGACGCCUAAGAAAUCUAAGGUGGUGCGCAUGAUGAGCCAGACAGGGCACUUUCGCACCGCCGAAAGCGUGGAGUUGGGCGCCAGCAUGCUGGAGAUUCCCUACCGCGAGCACAAGAAGACUAUGGUCAUCCUGGUGCCAGAGCCGCCGAGCAGCCUGCGAGACCUGGAGAGAAAACUGACUGCGCACCAAAUCCUCAGCUGCAUCGACAGGCUUGAGAACAACGGUCCAGUGAGCGUGAGCGUGCCCAUGUUCCGCGUGAGCGACGUGGUCGACCUCAAGGAGGCGCUGCCGGCGCUCGGGGUCAAGGACGCCUUCCGAGCGGACGCGGACUUUUCGACGCUCUGCGAUUCGGCCGCCACGCCCAAGGUGUCGUUCGCCCGUCACGUGGCCGUGUUCCACGCGCGCGAGCGCGCCAGCAGCCGGAUACCCAAGUCCACAGGAGCGCAGGCCGCACCCGGUACGUCGACGCCGCCAGCAGCGGACGACGACGGCGGGCAGCAGGAGGAGCAGGAGAAGUUCAUUGUGGACAGACCCUUCCUGUUUCUCGUCAUGAACAGCGAGCCCAAGGCCGUCCUCCUAUUCGGCUCGGUCCGCAAGAUAUUCGCCUGGAAGUAGCCGGCUAGAGAGUAUCGGGCGCCCCCUGUCGCUGGCUCUGUAAUGUUCUGUCGGCCUCUUCACAAUGAACCUGUUCGUCGAUUGC